UUCACUUUGUACCUGUACCCGUGAGUCAUUACCAUGGGUGUCGAGUCUUCUUCUUACCAUGGGGAGUCUAUCACCCCGGCUCCUGCUCCCCAGCCGCAACAAUACUCCAGCCAGGAGUCGAUUGGGAGCACCAAGCCUGAACCCGGGGUCGAUACUCCUAUCCCCCGCAUCACUUUGCGAGCCACCAUCAUGGGCUUGUUCGUCUCCAUGGGUGGCUUGCUUUUCGGAUACGACACUGGUCAGAUCUCUGGUUUCCAGGAAAUGUCUGACUUCCUUGAACGUUACGGUGAACUCCAGUCCGAUGGUUCAUAUUCCUUCAGCCACGUCCGGUCCGGUCUGAUUGUCAGUCUUCUGUCUAUCGGAACGCUUAUUGGUGCUCUCUGUGGUGCUCCUCUCGCUGAUAAGCUGGGCCGGAAAUGGUCCAUCACUGUCUGGUGUAUUAUCCUCAUGGUCGGAAUCAUUGUUCAGAUUUCCGCCCCUUCCGGUAACUGGGUCCAAAUCGUCAUGGGCCGCUGGACCACUGGUCUUGGUGUCGGCGGAUGCUCCCUGGUUGUUCCCAUGUACCAAGGAGAGAGUGCCCCCAAGCACGUCCGUGGUGCCAUGAUCAGUUCCUACCAGCUGUUCGUCACGCUUGGUAUCUUCCUAGCAUACUGUAUCAACCUUGGAACGGAGAGCUUGGAUGGUAGUGCCCAAUGGCGUAUCACUCUAGGUCUGACCUUCCUGUUCGCACUCAUCCUUGGUCUCGGCAUGGCCAUGUUUCCUGAAAGCCCUCGCUUCAACUACCGUCACGGCAAGAUUGACACUGCCCGUACGACUAUGGCCCGUCUUUAUGGUGUCCCAGAGAACCACGUCGUCAUCGUCCGCGAGCUGGCUGAAAUCCAAUCGCAGCUCGACGCUGAAAAGGAGCAGUCCCAGAAAUGGAACGAAUUCAUCACCGCCCCACGCAUGCUGUACCGUAUUCUUCUGGGUAUUGUUCUCCAAGCUCUGCAGCAGCUCACUGGCGCCAACUACUUCUUCUACUAUGGUACCACCAUCUUCCAGGGUGCCGGUAUCUCCAACUCUUUCAUCACUCAGGUCAUUCUCGGAGCUAUCAAUUUUGGAACCACCUUUGGUGGUCUCUACGUUGUUGAGAACUUUGGUCGCCGCAAGUCCCUCAUUGCUGGUGCUUCCUUGAUGUUCAUCUGCUUCAUGAUCUUCGCCUCCAUCGGACACUUUAUGCUCGACGUUGAGCACCCUGAGAACACCCCCGGACCCGGCAAGGGCAUGGUUGUCGUCGCCUCUUUCUUCGUUCUCUUCUACGCUACGACCUGGGGUCCCAUCGUCUGGUCCAUCGUUGCUGAGCUCUUCCCCUCCAAAUACCGUGCCAAGGGUAUGGCUCUCGCCACUGCUUCCAACUGGCUUUGGAACUUCCUCAUUGGUUGCCUUAGUUUCUUCACUCCCUUCAUCACCGGAGCCAUCGAUUUCGCGUACGGCUACGUCUUCGCGGGCUGUCUCCUCGUCGCUGUCUUCGUGGUCUACUUCUUCGUUAUUGAGGGUAAAGACCGAACUCUCGAGGAGCUCGACUGGAUGUACGUCAACCACGUCAAACCCUGGGAGAGCAGCAAGUACGAGAUCCCGCGGAUCACCUACCACGAUGACGCUCGCGGAGCCAGGAAGGAGAAUACUGAGCACGCUGAAGUUGCUUAG